GUCGCGGGGCGGAGGGAAGAGCGAGCGGGCGGGCGGGAGGCGCCGGCGCCAGACACAGAGUGAAGGAGCUACGAGUAGCCGCCGAGAGGCCCCGGAGCCAGCGAGGACCAAGCCAGCCGAGCCGCCGCCGCCGCCGCGCCGCCAUGGCGGCCACCAAGGACAUCCAUGAGGACCACGACACCUCCACCGAGAACGCAGAUGAGUCCAACCACGACCCCCAGUUUGAACCCAUAGUUUCUCUUCCUGAGCAAGAAAUUAAAACGCUGGAAGAAGAUGAAGAGGAGCUUUUCAAAAUGCGGGCAAAGCUGUUCCGAUUUGCUUCAGAGAACGAUCUCCCAGAAUGGAAGGAACGAGGCACUGGCGACGUCAAGCUCCUAAAGCAUAAGGAAAAAGGGACCAUUCGCCUCCUCAUGAGGAGGGACAAGACCUUGAAGAUAUGCGCCAACCACUAUAUUACGCCAAUGAUGGAGCUGAAGCCAAACGCAGGCAGUGACCGUGCCUGGGUCUGGAACACCCACGCUGACUUUGCCGAUGAGCGCCCCAAGCCGGAGCUGUUGGCCAUCCGCUUCCUCAACGCUGAGAAUGCACAGAAAUUCAAGACAAAGUUUGAAGAGUGCAGGAAAGAGAUUGAAGAGAGAGAAAAGAAAGGAGGAUCGGGCAAAAACGAGAAUGCCGAGAAAGUGACUGAAAAGCUAGAAGCGCUUUCAGUGAAGGAGGAGAGCAAGGAGUCCGAAGAUGAGGAGACCAAGGAGAAAGCCGAGGAGAAGCAAUAAGUCCUCUGCCCUUGUUUUCUGUUCCUUCCUUCCUUUUCCUUUUUUAAAAGAGAAUUUGCCCUGGCCCUUUUCGGUUUGUUUUUAUUCUGUUUUGUUUUUACAAGGGACUUUAUAUAAAGAACUGAAUUCUAGCAUUCAGGUGUUUUUUUUUUUUUUUUCUAAGUUUUUGCCCUAUCGAAGAUGACUUCAGAAAAUCCAUUCCCCAGUCAUGAAAAUGUACUGUGCUGACUUUCUUUUCCAUAGUGGAAACACUUAUUUAUAGUCAUCGAAAGUAGUGAAUAAACGACACGUUGGAAACCCUCAUGGAGGGCAGGACCGUGUGUGCGCCGGCCUGCACUGGCUCCAAGGCGUGGGGUGGCGCUCUGGGUCUGACCCUGCUGGUCAUGCUCGUUCUGUCCUGGACUUGGGGCUGCCAUGGGGCAGCUGGGCUGGGAGAGACCAGUGCUGGGUGCUCUGCCUCCUGAAGGCCUGAUGUGCCUCUGCCCUGUGGUGAGGAGUGGGAGGCCCUUUUUUCUUUUUUGCCUUUGGGGAAGUGAAAGGGAGACCACCAAAUUUCUUGGCUUUGGUACAAGGAGGCCAAGCAGACCUCCAUCCAGGCUUUGGCCAAGGCCGUCCGCUCAGCCGGCAGCCAGGGACGGACCAGUCCCACAGCAUGCACGUGCAGUUUGUGGCAGUGUGUCGGCAGGGCUCAGCCCCACCGCCGCCAUCGGAGAAAACCACUCCAUCCUCUUUCUCCCGACAUCUCCAUCUGGGUGGAAUCAUGGAUACCUGCAAUAGCUCUAAAUAAAGGAUGCUUUCAAGAAUG